AUAAUCGGACCUUUGUGCUCUCUGUUGGACUCAGAUGCAGACUGGCUGGAGCAGGACAGUGACCCGCUGACGGGACUCUUCCUCUGGACGUGAGCUCCAGUCCGCUGCUCAUCACCACCGCUGAAGGCUGCAGGAAGCUGCAGCGACUCUCCGGCUGUCGGCAGCGGCUCUCCAGGCUCCGCCGCCUCAACCCGCCCGGUGCUCACGAACAAACCCACUCAUUCACCAACAUGUCUGCAGAAGAAGCGUGUGCGGGGAGGACGGCGGCGUUACGUGAGAACACGCUCUUUGGGAUGGGAAAUCCCUUACUCGACAUCUCAGCUGUGGUGGACAAAGAUUUCCUUGACAAGUUCGGCCUGAAGCCCAACGACCAGAUCCUCGCUGAGGACAAGCACAAAGCCCUGUUUGAAGAACUCGUCAAGAGGAACAAAGUCGAAUACCAUGCCGGCGGGUCUACCCAGAACUCAGUGAAAAUUGCUCAGUGGAUGAUCCAGAAACCCCAUAAGGUGGCUACCUUCUUCGGGUGCAUUGGCACGGACAACUUCGGCGAGAUCCUGAAGAGGAAGGCCGAGGAAGCCCACGUCGAUGCCCAUUACUACGAGCAAAACGAGGAGCCGACCGGUACCUGCGCAGCCUGUAUCACCGGAGACAAUAGGUCCCUUGUUGCUAACCUGGCAGCGGCAAACUGCUACAAAAAGGAAAAACACCUGGACUUGGACAGCAACUGGGAGCUGGUGGAGAAAGCCAAGGUCUAUUAUAUUGCGGGCUUUUUCCUGACCGUGUCCCCGGAGUCGAUCCUUAAGGUGGCGAAACACGCUGCAGAUAAGAACAAAGUCUUCUGCAUGAACCUCUCGGCGCCGUUCAUCAGCCAGUUCUUUAAAGAGCCCUUGAUGAAGGUUAUGCCGUACGUCGACAUCUUGUUUGGCAACGAGACGGAGGCGGCCACAUUUGCCAAAGAACUGGGCUUUGAGACCGAUGACAUCGCAGAGAUAGCGAGGAGGACCCAAAACCUGCCCAAGGAGAACACAAAGAGGCAGCGAGUGGUGGUCUUCACCCAGGGCAAGGACGACACCGUGGCCACAGUCGGUGAGAAGGUGACCAUGUUCCCGGUUCUGGACAUCGACCAGAACGAUAUUGUGGACACCAACGGCGCCGGCGACUCCUUUGUGGGAGGGUUCCUCUUUGCGUUGGUCCAAGAGCAAGCGCUGGAGGAGUGCAUCCGAGCCGGACACUACGCAGCCAACGUCAUCAUCAGACGGGUCGGCUGCACCUUCCCAGAGAAGCCAGAUUUUCACUGAUGCGGUCCAACGCUGCUCAUUAGUCUGUUCCUCACAACAUACGUGUUUCUGUAUGCUUCAGGAUUUUAUGUACUUUAUUUUUUUUCUAUUUACAGUGACUGACUACAUGGGACUAAUUACUGCAGCUUGACUCUUGAAUCAAGCUCGAAUAAGCAACUCAGAUGUUUUAAUACGAUUCAAACAAAUUACUACGAUGAAAUAUUGGAAUGAUAUGUUUAUGUAUAAAGGAGUAUUUCACUGAACGUCUGUCUCCAGAUCAUCAGAAGCUGAAUGCCUGCAGGCCUGGAGAGGUGGUGGGACACUCCCAGUUUGUCCACUACCCAGUUCAACACUCCCAGUACCAGCUUUGCUAGAGUUUGUGUCUUCAGUGAUUUAUCUGGAACGUGAUGAAUAAUAUAAUCGGUAGAGGAGACCUGCAUUAUGGUACCGGUUUGGAAAGUUUCUCUGGAUUCGUAUAACGAGUAUUGACCCCUCGUGGACGUUUCCCCUCUUGUUGCUUUUCAACAUUGACUUAAUUUUAACAUAAUUUGGCUUUUUUGACAAGAAUUUAAAAUGUUUUCAUGUCAGAGUCGGAACAGAUUCCUAUAAUGUCUGUUAAUUAAACGUAUAAACUGUAAAGUAUUCACCGCCUUUAAGUCCGUUUUUAGUGGCUUUAGCAGCACCUUGGGCCACACUGACAGCACCGAGCCCGUGUGGAUGGGUCUGGACCAGCCGUGCACAUCUGGACACUGCACUCAUUCUUACCUCUGGAGCAAAAACUGCUCCAGCUCCGUCAGGUUACACAGGGACUGGAAGUGAACAAUCCUUUUAAAGUUAAGCCACAAACUCUGGGUUGGAUUGAGGUCUGGGCUCUGACUCGGGCCCGUCAGAACAUUCUCCUCGUAUUUAAACCUUUCCUGUGUAGCGCUGGCUGUAUGCUUUGGGCCAUCGUCUGACUGGAAAACAAAUGUUCUCCUGCAGACUGCAUCUGGUUGUUCUCCAGGAGUUCUCAGUACGUUUUACAUUCACUAGCUUUCCACAGCCUGCCGGUACCAUGAUGCUGCCGCCGCCGUGCUUCAGGGUGGGAUGUGUAUGACGAUGUGUCUGGUGUCAGUGCACUCAGACGAUCUGUAGGUCAUUUGGUGAGUCCCGUUAAAGGGCUUGAACACUAGAAUUUUAGAUUAAUUCACAUUAUGUUGAAGGGAUCUUUUUACAGUCAAUGUUGAAGAGCAAUAAAAGAGUCAAACGUGUGAGGUGGCUGAGCUCUUUUUAUAGGCACUAUACAUGUAUAUAAUUAUCCCUGCUGCAUAAUCCACUUCUCCACUGUUGAUCUAUGCUUAAUAUUUUUCAGUUACUGCUUUGCCAGUAAAUUGCUAUUUACACUUCUUCAUUUGGAGCUUCGGCGUGACGAUGAGACAAUAGUGACACAGAAGUGGUGAAUUAAGUAGUGUAAACUCUGAGUGCCAAGCAGCGAGCGACAAACUUUUCCGAGCCAUCUUUCAUGCCUGCAGGGGGUGAGUUUAGUGAUACUGUAAAACACAAAACACACUUCAGACUAUUCGCUUAAUAUGAGGCUGUCACACAUCAUCCAUGGGGCACCGGAUAGAUUUCAAUUUACAAAAUGACAAUUUUUAGGAGGAACAAGUUGGAAAGAAUUUAUUUUAUUUUUUUGUUACUAUACAAAUGAAUGCUAUCAUGACACAAAUGUACCAAAACAAAGACGGUUUUGACAUUUAAGAAUUGUUUAAGCAGCAGCUGACGUCAUAGGUUUUAUGAAGGAUGAACGCCUCACGUUGCUCGUUGUGCAUGAAUUUUGUUUUACAUAAAUAAAGACAUUCACACUAUGAA